GCAAGGGGAAACAUGUGAGCGCUCUGAGGAUCUCGUGAGAGACAAUUUUGUGCUUACUUUUUUGACCCAAUGCACUGUGCUGAAACGGAUUUUAAAACAGAAGGAAGGACACAAAUUAAGCUUACUGCAAUUCUCAGAGUUUGCUUAUUAUUUGCUUUGUUUUCUUUACGAGAGAAAAAUGUGUAUUUCUGGGGUAUGCCAUCAUAACCAGCACUACCAUUAAUUUAUUUUAAAUAACAAUUUUUUCUUUAGCAAAUAUUUAAUUCUGAUUACUUUAUGCGUAUACCUUUAUUAAACUCAACUAUUAUAAUCGUUUACCUGUGAUACAGCAUAUAUAAAUAUAGAGAAUAGAGUAUUUUGUAGGUUUGGACCGUUGCUUUCCACAGUGAUUGCUCUCAUAUCUUUUGGUUCCAACGUUUUUUCAAUAUGAGGCAUUUGAAAUUUGUACUCGUGUUGGCUAUUGCAGUCAACGUUUGGGAAUGUGGGGAUUCGAAAUUUGGCGAGAAGGGGGAAAUAAGCCCGAGGAGAAGGAGAUGUUACGACGGGAGCAUGCCCAAGCGACUGAAGAAGAGGGAAAGAAAACUGUCAGUGGACAGCGGUGCAAGCAGCGGGGAAGUUUGUCACAGGUUGUACCCUCGUGUGUCAUGCUGCCCAACCAGGCGUGCUGCUUAUCAGAUAGUCCACCGGCGUGAUGCCAGGAUCUUCUCCACCAAUAACACGGAGUGCAGCCGUCUCCUGGAGGAGAUUAAGUGUGCACACUGUUCGCCCAACGCCCAAGUGCUGUUCCACUCCCCUGAGUCGGACAAGGUCCCCCUCAGGGAGCCCCACCUGCCACGCCUCUGCCAGGACUACUGUCGAGAAUUCUACUAUACCUGCCGCGGACACAUACCAGAGCUGUUCCAAGCCGAUGUGGAUGAGUUCUGUCAAUACUACGGACGGAGGGACGGAGGCCUGUGCUUCCCAGAUUUCCAUCGAAAGCAAACACGGGGACAGGACUCCAACUACUUGGGAGAUGAGAAAGUCGAAGACAUCAACAGGAAGCACAAGCACAACUGCUACUGUGCCCAGGUGGUGUUGAGCGGGCUGAGGCAGCCAGUAGCCGUGGUGCACUGUGGGGACGGAUCCCAGCGCCUCUUUGUCCUGGAGAAGGAGGGCUUCGUCCGGGUGCUGACCCAUAACAUGGAGCUGCUGAAAGAGCCUUUCCUGGACAUCCACAAGCUGGUGCAGACCGGACUCAAGGCAGGAGAUGAAAGGGGUUUGCUAGGUCUCACAUUCCACCCCAAUUACAAGAAGAACGGCAAGCUGUACGUCUCCUACACCACCAACCAGGAGCGCUGGGCCAUCGGACCGCACGACCACAUUCUGCGCGUGGUCGAGUACACCGUCUCCAGGAAAAACCCGAAUGUGGUGGACAGUAGGACCACGCGGAUGCUGAUAGAAGUGGCAGAGCUGCACAGGAAGCACCUGGGAGGACAGCUGCUGUUUGGCCCUGACGGCCUGCUGCACAUCGUCCUGGGAGACGGCAUGAUCACCCUGGACGACAUGGAGGAGAUGGACGGCCUCAGUGAUUUCACAGGGUCUGUGUUGAGGGUGGACGUGGACACAGACUGCUGCACGGCUCCCUACUCCAUACCCAGGAACAACCCCUACUUCAACAGCACCAACCAGCCACCAGAAAUCUUUGCCCACGGACUGCAUGACCCAGGCAGGUGUGCCGUGGACCGGCAUCAUACGGAUAACAACGGGAGUCUGUUGAUCCUGUGCACGGACGCCAGCGGUAGGAACGCGUCAGCAGGGAGAAUACUGGCGAUCACUAAGGGGAAAGACUACGAGAACGAGGCGUCCAUCUUUGACCUGGCGACCAGUGGAGGAGCAGCACCUGUGGGAGGGUUCAUCUACAGAGGCUGCCAGUCCAGAAGGCUCUACGGGAGCUAUGUGUUCGGAGACAAGAACGGGAACCUGCGGAUCCUCCAGAAGGGCUCAGCGGCGGCGAGGGACCAGUGGCAGGAGAAAGCUCUGUGUCUGGGGACCAGCAGCUCCUGUGGCUCCACUCUGGUGGGACAUAUCCUGGGCUUCGGAGAGGACCAACUAGGUGAAGUGUACAUCCUGGCCACCAGUAAAAGCAUGGCUCAGUCACACAGUGGGAAGCUCUACAAGCUAGUGGACCCUAAAAGGCCCGCGGUCCCUAAGGAGUGUCAGAGACAGGUGGAGGCCCCGGAGCUGCUGGGAACGGCCUGUUCACGGCAGUGUAAGAACGGACACUGUACCCCCACCGGGAAGUGUUGCUGCAGCACCGGCUGGGAGGGACCCUUCUGCAGAGUGGCUAAAUGCGAGCCGGCCUGUCGUAACGGAGGCGUGUGUGUUGAGCCCCACAACUGCCUGUGUAAGAGCGGCUACUCGGGCGCCCAGUGUGAGAAGGGCGAGCGGGGCAUGCCUAGCGACCAGGAGAAGGACGGCAUCCUGGACCACAUCAUAGACAUGACCUCGUACCUGCUGAACCUCACUAGCUACAUGGUAUAGGGGCACGGGGAGGGGGUCCACUCCCACCGCACCCCCCCUUCCCCCGGGCCCCCUUACUCAACCACCGGAGAAGCCCAAGCAGAACCUCCCUCCUCCGUGAUUCACCCCUGAGACACACCCCCCUGUCUGGACGUACCCUGUCCCCGUCAACACCCAGACUCUGGUCAUCUUCCUGCCCAUAAGCUCCGGUAGGCUACGUACACCAGGCAUCCAGGCCAAGCAUCCCUCCAGAGACCAUCACACAGACAGACACAGCAACGUGAUGGUUGAAUGCAUGGCAAUCGUCGUCUAUGGUCUAAUGGUUGGACCUCCACUGUGGCUACAUAAGCUCUUUUAUACUCUUCUUCUCCUGGAGAAAGUUCCUCUCCUUCUCUCUCUCCCACUCUGGAAGCCCCAUGCAGAUGACUUGCUAUUAGCACUGCACCCCUGCUGAGAACAGAGGGAGACCCCCUCGCGUUCUCUCCACACAACAACAAAAAAACAGCGGCCAUUUUGACUGAAGCCUUACAGAGAGCGAAGGGGAGUCGGCUGAGCUGAAACACGGCGAGGCGGGCGGAGGCGUGGUGACAUAAGUUAUCCCCCGGGACUGGAGAGUGGACAGCCGAAUACUGAGGGUUAGCUUUGGGUCUGCCUUCACCAACAAAACACAGUCUAUAUACAGCCUUUAAAUGAACAUGCCAAUCUCUUCAGCAUCAGCAAUGCAAUAAUACUGACACUGACUGAAGAGUUUCUGAUAAUCUUACUGUGCCGUGUAUAGAGCCCCAUACAGAGUCCUGUACUAUAUUGUCUAAAGGCACUAAUAUGAACGACCAAUAGACCAAUGUCACAGUAAUAAUAAUGAUUAUUGUUAUUUUGACCCACUGUUUUCUCCGGGUGAUGUUUUGUGGGCACAUCUUCAUAGAAAAAGAUACGUUAUGAUACUUCAUGAUACAGCGGUAUAGAUUUGUUGUUCAUCGCUCACUUGACAUGCUGCCAAUGUACAGAAUGGAUCCAUAGCUGAAGAAUGAGUGUCUUUGGACUCAACAGGUAUCUAUAGAUCUAUAGAGUUUACAUGGCUGUGUCCCAAAUGGCACCCUAUUCCCCGUAUAGUGCACUACCUUUGACCAGAGCCCUAUGGGCCCACGUCAAAAAUAGUGAGCUACAUACGGAACAAGGGUGCCAUUAGGGACAGUACCUAUGACAUUGUUAGGAUAGAGCUCGUAGCUUUGCACUCCCAAUGUCAACGCCAGUUUCAUACAUUUGAAAUGGAGUCAUCAACUCCACGCACUGUAAUGUAAUGAUUUUUUGUGUUUCACAAUCAAGGGCAGACGAUUAUGUUGGGACUAGUACAGUGUCAUACAGCAGUGACAUUGUCGCACACUAACACAGUGGCACGCAGCAGGUCAAAUCUCACUCUUAAUCUCUCACACUGAACACACACACACACACACUCGCUACACAACUUCAGUGGGAGGUAUAAAGGGACAGAAGCUGAUGUAUAUUUCAUACAUAAAGAGCUGAACUAAGUACUACUUAGCCUUGCUAAAUAAUAUAGCAUUACUAUUGUUUUGAUAGAGGAGGGUUUAUUUUUUUAACUGUGAUAAUGUAUGGGAAGAGGACGGUGUUUGUAGAAAGUGGUUUUGCAUUAAGCUUAAAAGAAAUCAUGUUUUUUUUUGUCUUUUUUUUGCUAACACAAAAUGUAUGCAGUGUUUUUCCACUGUAUUAAAACACACAGCGACACGUGCAGUACAGAUCAGCACCGUGUGUUAAAGGCCAUGCAUGUCUACACCUGAAUGGAAGAGUUUGGAACCGAUCACUGAGACACAACACAAGGUCUCUCUGUGUUUCCUUCCCGUAGUACGCCUCUGUCUGUGGCAUUCAACUGCAGCGUAACGGUCGGUGUUUGGUCUUUGUUUUAGAAAUGACCCAAGUUUCGCUAGGCCACCAACUUAUUGGAGCCUGUUCACAGUCGGAUGAGAAGAGUUCCUCCAGGUAGAUCAGAUGAAAGAUGGUUUCACACCAGACGCUCUACUCUACGCACUGUGAGACGUUCAGAUAACACAGAUGGAACGAUAAAAUGUGUCAAGUAUGAACCCAGACUUCUUUGAUCCACUUUGUGGUGAACUGUGAUCCCUUAACAAAUGAACAGCAUAAAGAAGACUUUGCUCAUCUCAAAGCCAGGGAUCUAAACCGUCUUCGGCGAGCCAAACGACAAUUAAAAAAAGACUCUAAUUAUGUUGGAGCCCAUCGAUGUGUUGUCUUUCUUCGGAAGACGGUAUAAAACACAUCGCAUAACGCCACUAAUCUACAGGUUGAUCAGGAUUGGUUCAUUUGAUAUAGUGCCAUUGCAAAUUCCUUGAUACCAUAUUAAUCUUGAGUCUCCUGACAGUAGUUCAGCAACGAGCAAAGCAACCUCUUACAUCUUGUGCCAAUGUUGUCUUUAAGUGCCUGCCCCCCACACAAUUGGAAUGUCUUUAUUUCUAUGAUCAUAUUUUGUUUUGAGUUCCCGUUCUAAGCAUGGUUAGAAGUGUUCAGGGUUUUCCAAUUCCUCUCACUCACUUUCUCUCUCUCUCUCUCUCUCUCUCUCUCUCUCUCUCUCUGUCUCUCUGUCUCUCUCUCUCUCUCUCGCUCUGUCUCUCUCUCGCUCUCUGUUUUGUUUUCUCCUCUGUAUCUUCAAUGACAGCAGUUGUUGAACCUCUGUCUCGCCAGUGUUCUCUCUGGUCUAUAAUACGUCAAAUGGAACUCAUGCUGUAAAGUUGAUACUAUAAUUUUAGCACUUAAUGUGAAACCUGCAUUUUAGCUGCUGAGACGGCGUGGUGUGAAUAAAAUAGAGUAACCGUUUUCAUUAUUUAAGUAGUUAUGCAAACAAAGUUAUUUAAGUUCUCUACAAUUGUUUUUGCCGCUGUAUGUGAUGAUUUUGAUCAUGUAUUGUAAAUAAAACCUAGGGCUAUCUUUGUUUCUUUUCAGAAAUAUCUAUAUGUCUAUUAAAGUUUAUAGCAUGUCUGAAAA